AUACAGAUCAGAAAUCACAAGGAAUACUAGGAGUAAUGAACAUUAAAAUGGAAUGAAGUGGAGUCAGAAGGACGAGUUUUAACAGUUUGUUCUUUGAAUCUCAAUGACUCUUUAUUUCUGGUGUGUUACAACAUUUUAAAGGAUCCUGUCUUUACAGCCUGCAGCUACAGCAUCUGAGAAACCUCCCUGAAACAAAUCCAGCUGUUCUCCAGUUUGUAACAGAAAGACUUCAGAGAUGGAGACCGCCUUGGAGGCUCUCUGCAGUCUGCACAAUGAGAAACUCCAACUCUUCUGUCUGGACCAUCAGCGGCCUGUUUGUCUCGUCUGCAAAGAGUCAGAAAACCACAGCAGCCACAGAUUCAAACCAAUCGAAGAAGCUGCACGGGAACUCUGGGAGAAGCUUCGGGAGUCUCUGAAACCUCUGCAGGAAAAGUUGGAUCUUUUUAAAAAGGUUGAAGACGAGUUUAAUAUAACAGCAGAACACAUUAAAACCCAGAGACAUCACACUGAGAUUCAGAUGAAGGAGCAAUUUAAGAGGCUUAACAGGUUUCUGGAGGAGGAAGAGGAGGCCAGGAUGUUUGCACUGAAGGACGAAGAGGAGGGAAAGAGCAGGAGGAUUAAUGAGAUGAGGGAGGCUAUGAGUGAAGACAUGAAAGAUCUGUUAGAAAUAAUUAGAGCUGCAGAAAAAGAGCUGGAAAGUGAUCCAAUUUCACUCAAACAGAACCUUAAUGCUGAUGAAAACAAAGACACAGAGGACAAACUCAAAGCUAAAGAUGCUACAGAAGACAAACUCAAAGCUAAAGAUGCUACAGGCAACAUGCUAUUGGUCAAAGACACUUCAGAGGACAUGCUAACUGCUAAAUAUGCAACAGAGGAAAAGCCAACUUCUGAAGACAGAACAGAAGACAUGCUAACAACCAAAGACACUGAAGAGGACAAGCUAACAGCUAAAGAAGUUACCGAGGACAAGCUAAUAGCUGGAGACACCACAGACGACUGUUUGACUAAAUAUGCAACAGUUGACAAGUUAACAGCGAAAGACGCUGGAAAGGAUAAAUCAACAAGCAACUACACUACAGAGGACAAGUUAGUAGCUAAAGGCUUUGAGGAGGACUGGGUAACAACUAAAAAGACUUCAGAUGAUGAGCAAACUGAGGAGAAGCUAAUAGCUAAAGAUACCACAGAGGACCAACAAUCAGAAGACGAGCUAACAGCUAAAUGUGUGACAAAGGAAAUGCUUAUAGCUAAAGACAGCACUGGGAAGAAGCUAGUAGCUGAAGACACUUCGGGCGACAUGCUAACAGAGGACGAACAAAUAGCUAAAUCGAUCUUGUCCCUACAGAAACACCAUGCUGUAAUGGAGAAGAUCAAACAGCGCCUCCUGCUGGAGGAUCCCACACUCAGCCCAGGUGCUCUGAUCGAUGUAGCCAAACACCUAGGCAACCUGAGCUUCAACACCUGGGUCAAAAUGAAGGACCUGGUCUCGUACACGCCUGUGAUUCUGGACCCAAACACGUCUGAUCGAACGCUGAUUUUAUCCGAAGGUCUGACCAGCGUCAGGUGGGAAAAAGCUGAGCAGCGUUUACCUGAAAACCCAGAAAGGUUCGGUCUGUACGUGUCCGUCCUGGGCUCUGAGGGUCUGGACUCAGGGACUCACAGGUGGGACGUGGAUGCCGGAGACAACACGGAGUGGUUACUGGGAGUUUUGUCGGACUCGGAGCCGAGGAAAGGGAUCAUUCAGACCGGACUGUGGACUCUGUGGUUCUGUCAGGCUGUGUUUAGGAUUUCCUAUCCUCUUGAAGCCUUAACGGUUCUCCCUGUGAAGACCAGUUUCAGGAGGAUCAGAGUGGAUCUGGACUGGGACGGAGGGACCCUGUCUUUUUCUGAUCUGGAUACUAACACACACAUUUACACCUACACAGACACUUUCACCGAAAAACUGUUUCCAUACUUUAACACCUGGAAAGGCCCGCCCAUGACGAUUUUACCAUCGAGAAUCUCUGUUACGACGAGUUGAUUUAAAGCUCCUGUGGGGAGUUUUUAUCUUGUAAUCAACCCGACUAUAAUCCUGAUACCUCUUUGUGACCUACAAAAGCAAACAUGGCCGUCAGAGAGGACACGUGUUAUUAAUAUAUAUUUAUUUUAUAUGCCUGUCACGCCUGCCCCGUGUUUGUCAGCACCCGGUCGAAACAUUCUUUUUUAAAAGGAGACUCAUUGUGUGUUAAAGUUGGAGAUUUAAAAUAAAGAAGUUUAAGAUUUGUUAGAAUUUACCACCAGCACAUGUACAGAAUAGGAUCUGCAAAGAGCUUAAUCAUCCCACGUUGUCCACAGGGGGCGCCAAAAUCAACACAACGCAAAGUUUCUCACAGGAGCUUUAAUAUGUAACAUUUAUCUUGAUGGAAAACCUUUGGUAGUUUAAUUUCAUUCUUUGGUCUAAAUCUUGUGUAUGGAUAUGGGACCGUCUCACCCAAUAAACAAAGGAAAACAAGUAUUUGUUGAUGUUCAACAAAACAUUCAGUUGUUGUAAAUUUGCUCUAAUAUGUGGUUUCGAUCAGCACAGUUCUUACCAAAAUAAUUGAAAUCAGUAAACAAACCUGAUAAAUAAUAGAAAUAGAAAGUUUAAACACCACAGCAUAAAGAGAGUCUGAUCUGUUACAAGAUAAAGUCCUGCAUUAAAAACAAACACUUUGGUGACAAUUUUAUUAUCUUGAAUUUAAAGGCUUAUGCGGGAAGCGACCCCCUGGGGGAUCCUGACCCCCACUUUGGGAUUAGAGUGAUUGUUGCUUUGAUGUGUAAAUGUACUUAAUGUUGUAGCUGGUAUA